AUGGCCAUCCUCCUCCUCGCCCUCCUCCACGGCUUCCUAUCGCUGGCCACAGCCCAAGAAGACACCCCCCGCUGCUCCCGCAUCUCCGCCCGCUGCAACAACCCCUUCAAACUCUCCCGCGCCUCCGCCUUCUGCACCUCCAUUCUCGGCAUCGGCACCCUCACCACCACCGUCUACCCCUCCGCCACCACCGUCCCCCUAACAACCUGCAACUUCACUCCCUCCGUCCCGCCACCACCAUCCUCACCACCAACCGAAACCACUCACGCGCCCAUCGGCCCCUCGAGCCACAAACCCAAAUGCCUAGGCGGCGCGACGAAUUGGCCACAAUGGUACUCCGCCUGCGCCUGCCUGCCCCCCUUCACCUCCCCCACCGCCACCGUAACAAACACGGAACAGCACACCCUCACAGGCCCCUUCCACGUAAAAGCCUGCGGCGGGAGCGUAGACGGGCAGUACUUCGUCGACGAACCUGAUCCCGGGCUUACAUUCAUCGUCUUCACGCCCUCGGAAGCGGAAGCGGGACCGUUCUACCUCGACCAGCACGGCUGGCUCUACGACCGCGAAGCGCCCGAUAAGCCAUUUGUGGUCUACGUCGGUCCGCGCAACGAAGGACAGAGCGACUGGCCGGUGCGGCAGACGGAUCAGUUCGCGGGUGCGAGGAGAAGGCCGAUUGUGUGCGAGGUGGAUGCGGGAUGUGCGCUCAAGUGCUCCGGGGACCCGGGGCAUGGGUUUAAUGUUAGUUCGGAGUCGUUGGGGGAUUGGCGGUUGUCGGAUCGGGAGGAGAUUGAUGUGUUGGAUGAGUUAUUUGAGGAUCCUUAUGUUGUGCUCUUGUGA